UGGUGUUGGGCGCUCAGAGAUGGAGACCGCUCCGGGGAGCGCUCCGCCGUUGUCCGCUGCGGAGCUGCGGCUGGCGCUGGGGGCUCCGGGGCUGCCCGACGGCCCGUUCGGCUGCCCCAUCUGCCUCGACCUUCUGAAGGACCCGGUGACUGUGCCGUGCGGGCACAACUUCUGCCAGCGCUGUCUGGGGGCGCUCCGCCAGCGGGCGGGCUCCCCCAACAGCAGCGGCGGGGCGGGCGGGGCUGUCCGCUGCCCGCUCUGCCAGGAGCCCGUCCCCGCAGCCUUGCGGCUCCGCAAGAACCGCGCCCUCUGUGAGGUACUGCCGCUGCUGGCGGCAGCUGCAGGCGGCUCGUCCCCGCCGUCGCCAGCCGCCGGGUCCUCGAUGGCACCGGGAGCCGAGGAGGAGCAUGCGGCAGCGGAGGAAGGAGCGGCGGUGCUGUGCGACGUGUGCCCGGCGGGGUCGCGGGCUGCGGCGGCGCGGUCCUGCCUGGUCUGCCUGGCCUCCUUCUGCGAGGCCCACCUCGAGCCCCACCGGCGCGCCGGCGCCUUCCGCGCACAUCGCCUGGUGGCCCCGCUGCGGCGGCUGGAGGAAGGGCUCUGCCCCCGCCACCUUCAGCCCCUCGACGGCUUCUGCCGCGCCGAGCAGGCCUGCGUGUGCGCUCGCUGCCGCGCCCACGAUCACCGGGGCCACGAAGUGGUGCCCCUCGAACGGGAGCGUGAGCACAAGGAGGCCCAACAAGCCAAAUUCCUCAGCGAUGCCGAGAACGAGCUGGAGGAGCUGGCAGUCACCAUUGCACAGGCCAAGAAGAUGGUGGAGCUCAUUAAGGGUGCCGCCAUGAAGGAGAGGGAAAAAGUUGAGAAGCUCUUUGCAGAAGCCUCUGAGGUCCUGGCAUCCUUCCAGAAGGAGGUGGCCAGUUUCAUCGAGGAAGGGGAGCGCUCCAUGCUGGCGGAGGCUGAGGCUGAUCUCCGCUGGAAGGAGGAGAGACGAGCCAAGCUGGUCCAGUGCAAGCAAAACCUGGAGAAUGUCCCCAGCACUGACACCAUCUACUUCCUCCAGGAAUUUCAGGCCUUAAAAGUUGCCAUGGAAGAAAACCUCUCACCAGCUCUGAGCUUCCCGAACGAGCUGAACUUCACCAAAUGCACCCAAGCUGUGAGUGCUGUGAAGGAUGUUCUGUCCGCUACCUGCAAAAAACAGUGGGACCACUUGCAGGGGAAAGGGAUUGAUGAGCAGAGUUACCAGGAGAUAGAGGAAGAGUUGGCUGUGUCCAGAUUACCAGAGAAGUUAAACAGUCCCGCUUGCCAGGAGAGCCGUGAUUACUUCCUGAAAUUUGCCUUCAUCAUUGACCUGGACAGUGACACAGCUGACAAGUUUAUCCAUCUGUUUGGCACCAAAGGGGCCAAGCGGGUGCUGUGCCCCAUCCCCUACCCAGAAAGCCCAACCCGGUUCAUCAACUGUGAGCAGGUGCUGGGUUUGAAUCUCAUGAAUAGGGGCAACUACUACUGGGAGGUGGAGCUCAUCGAUGGCUGGGUCAGCAUUGGUGUCAUUGCUGAGGACUUUGACCCCCGCGAGUCCUACACCCGUGGCCGCCUGGGGCGAAAUGAGAAGUCCUGCUGCCUACAAUGGAACGGACAGAACUAUGUGGUCUGGUUUGGGGGCUUUGAGUCCGUCAUUCAGCAGCCAUUUUUCCAGACAAUUGGGGUCUUCCUGGAGUAUUCAGAGAAGGCCCUGACCUUCUAUGGGGUCAAGGACUCCAAGAUGACCUGCCUGCAGCAGCUCAAGGUCUCCCCUUUUGCCAAGGGUAUAUUUGACCCAUUCCAGAACAAGAUCAAUCACCAAUUUGCCUCUCUUUUCUUGUGCAAGCUGAAGCCAGCCUUCUUCCUGGAGAGUGUCGAUGCCCACCUGCAGAUUGGGCCACUGAAGAAAGACUGUGUUUCAGUGCUAAAGCGUAGGUAACUGUUCAGAGAGUGGGAUCAUGGGAGGACUCAGAAAAGUCUCUCUUGCAUUGUAUUGCCACCAUCACGGCUUCUCUUUAGUAGUGUUGUAUAUCUCUGUCACAGCCAUCCUUGUUCUGUGCUGCCUGUGUCCCAGGGUGCAUGAAGCUAUCUGGUGGGCAGAGCCAUGGGCUGGGAGCCAGGAGGGAGCUGGAUCCAAGUGCCAGCUCUGCCCUGAGCUGCUGAGCAAAUUUGGAUGAGUCUGCUACUCUCUGCCCCUCAGUUUCCCUUUCAGGCACUGUGAUACAGCCUUUCUUGGUAAAGUGCAUUGCUUAGGGGAAGUGCCACAUUGAUUUGAAGCUGUGCGUUGUCCGGCUGCCAGGCUGUCCAGUCCCUCUCCUUAGUAUCUGCUAACACUGCUCUGGUGGCUUGUAUAGAUUCUCCAUACUGUGCCUUACUUUGGUCACUAUGUUGCUGCUGUUUUUAUGAAGUACUGGCUCAUCAACACCUUCCACAUGUUCCUUAUAAAGUGCCUUUGAAGUAGCAAGCCCUGCAUGGACCGGGCGAGCGCCCAAAGCAGAUGCAGUCACUCCCCUGGUGCCUGCAUCACUGUUGUGCCUUGGUGUGGUGUCAUGGGUUGAGCAGUAGCAGUCAUUUUUUCUCCUUCUUGUAGCUGGUGCAGUGCUGUGUUUUGACUUCUGGGCUGGGAACAGUUGCUUGAUAGCGAGCAUGUUUUGAGGGUGUUUUUGUUC